GGUUUGAGCUCGCUCAUUAGGCAAUCAGAGGAUUUUUAUGAGAUCUAAAAAAAAAAAGCGAUUUGAAACUAUAAACUUUCCCCAAUUGAGAACUAUUUUGGGGCAUUCGCUGCUGCUCCCUUUAAAUAGGGAAAGCUUUUCCCCCGGGCUCAGUCAGUGCCUGUGGGCAGUGUCCCUCCUGGCUGCCCGUGGACCCUCUGCGCACCCACUCCUCCGCUCCGGACAAGUCCUGCUGUUUAAUCUAACCCCUGUCAGGGGCCUUUGGUUCAUCUGGCCUCUGCUCCUCGGACAGAGAGAUACCGGUUCUGAGAUGAGCCCCUGAGCAGCAAACAGUUUUCGUUUGUGCGGCACCUGAAGUGCGACCGGGGCGUCACAGAGCAUCGCAGGGAAACAAACCUCCGUCCCAAGUGCCAUAAUAUGCUUUUUUCAUCCAUGCUACUUCAGUCCAUCGCCUGGGUCACCAGCUGAUGAGAUGGCACAGAGCACCAAGCUCCAGCCAAGCUUUGAGGACAUUUUUAAUAUUCUAUCCCAGAUCCCCAAAGAUAAACUCUUUAGCCUCAAAUAUAAACUGAAGCACUUCACAUUUAGGCCCAGCAGCAAAUUACUGCAAGCCAUGGUCCUGCUUACUCUGGGGGAAGAAGAGGAUGCAAGAACUUGUUUGGAUGCCUUGGGAGAUAACCGGGCUGCCCAGUAUGUCCACCGGACCAAACUGGGCACUGCAGGAAUGCAGGAGGAUGAGGAGGAUUUGCAGCCUCCCCAGCUGGAUGAAGGUGCCACGGCGCUUCUGGCACAGAUCUACUCAGUGCUGGUGGAGGAAAAACUGUGCAGUCGUGAAGCCGUGGACAAAGCCUGCAACGCUUACACCAAAGCCUGCAACGCCAGCAGGGAGACUCAGCGGGACACGCUCGACAGCAUCCCACCUGAGGACCAGGAAAAACACGGCUCUGCUACCAGCAUGGGCCCAGGUGACAAAUUUCAGACACUGAGAUCUGAUGCGGGGGUGGGAUUUGUCCGCAUGGCCAACCCAAGCUACCUGGUGAGAAGUUCUCCAGUGCAGAUUGGAGGCAACUCAACCCUUUCGGGCCCACGGACCUUGUGCUCCUUGGGGAGUCCCUCCUUCCCCAGCUGUUUUGAGAUCAGUGCAUCGCCAACAGUUGUUUUUCACACCCAGCCUUCUUCCCAUGAGCGUGUCCCCCAGCCCAGCCGGCUGUGCGGAGGGAGCACCAGUGGUGCUGGACAGCCUGACAGGGACAGACAGAGCCACGGCCUGCAGGAAACAAGCUGGGCCAGCAGCCCCAACUCUCAUCCCGGGCAGGACACAGGUGCCCAAGUCCCCCGACCAGAGAAGGUUCUGCAGGUCAGUUCAUGUCGUCCAGCUCUCCCUGUUCCUGAAGUGCAGCUGCCCACAACGGGUGCUGUGAACCAACCUAUCGAAAGUAGUGAUGUUUCCAGCACAGUGGCAGCAGAACCUCAUGCACCAAAAGAAAACACAGACAAAAUGCAAGGUGAAAAGAAAUUACCCACAGGUCUUCCUGACUCAAGAGCUACCAUGGAUACUGGUCCUGCCCACGUGUCCAUGAAGGACUCCUAUGUUCCAGCAGGCAUUCCUUCUAACUCUGCAUCUGCUUCCAAUUCAACCUGUUCCCUUCCUCCUCCUACCUAUUCUGGCUCCACAACCCUUCCUCCUCAGGUUACUGCUUCCAAUUCAACCUGUUCCCUUCCUCCUCCUACCUAUUCUGGCUCCACAACCCUUCCUCCUCAGGUUACUGCUUCCAACUUAUCAUAUCCCCUUCCUCUACAUUCAUCCCCCUCUUCAGCCUGGCCUCCUCCUCUCCAAACUGUAGAACCAGCGCCCACAUCAGAUCCAGAUAGUGGGAAGUUCUUCACUUUUGUUGUCCUACACGCUAGUGAAGAUGAGGCUGUUGCCCAUCGGGUCAAGGACCUGCUGGAGAACAUGGGGGUUCCCAAUGGUGCCACACUCUGUGAGGAUUUCUUCAUUGCUGGACGCAGCCAUCUGACCUGCUUCCAGGAUGCUAUGGAAAACUCUGCUUUCAUCAUCCUUCUGCUGACCAAGAACUUCCCAUGCGACCUGUGUAUGUUUCAGACAAACACUGCUCUGAUGGAGUCCAUCCUGAAACCAUCCAAGCGCGACUCAGUCAUCCCUUUUGUACCCAAGGAGAACCCCCUGGAGCGGAGUCAGAUUCCCAGCACGCUCGGUGGGCUGAUGCCCUUGGAUGAGAACUCUCCUGGGUUCUCCAGGACAGUGCAGAACACCUUUAACACCAGCAGGAUCAAUGAGAGGAAAGUCAUGUGGGACCUGAUGCAGAGAAAGAAACUACAGCUCUAUCAGGAACGGUAUCAAACACUGCAGAACUUGGCUGCCCUGAACCUUGGCUCCCUUCCCCAGGUGCCUCCAUCAGCAACACAGCCACAGCUGCUGGAGCAAUCACCCCGACAGUGGUGCCCCCCGGCUUCCACUGUCCCUCCUGCCACAUACCCGCCUCCCCCAGCUGGUCACCCCGUGUUUGCUCAGAUGGGCUCCCCCCCUUUCCAGCCACUUCAUCUCCCAUCAGGCCACUACAACAUGAUGCCAGGUCCAGGAGGAAUCCCACACCUCAUCAUUCAACAUGCUCGAAUGGUUCAGAUUGGGAACCACAACAUGAUGCAGGUAGAAACUGUCACACCAGGUCCACAGGACAGCGAGGAAGAAACCAGGCAGAAUGUUUGAUGAGAGACACAGCAGGUCAGCCAAGGCCAGAGACACUCACACUUAGUUUCAAACCCUAGAUUAUAGUGAUUCUGCUGGGACUGGGACUAUUCUUACUUCACUGUGGGUAAAAGGUGCCACUUUCCUGGAGCACAGGAGAAAACUACCUUCUUUUUUGUUGGACAAAAGAGGUCGCAAUCUCCUGAGACUAUCUUCCUUGUGCUUAUUUUCAAGUAACUGAUAAAACUCUUUUCCUAAUUUUCUGAGGCUAAUGGAAGGUUUUAUAAAUAAAUUUAAAUUAAUUUA